AUGAAUAUUUUCUUCCAAGGACCCGUCACCGUCACACUCCUCCAGGGACCCGUCACCGUCACACUCCUCCAGGGACCCGUCACCGUCACACUCCUCCAGGGACCCGUCACCGUCACACUCCUCCAGGGACCCGUCACCGUCACACUCCUCCAGGGACCCGUCACCAGCCUCCACCGUCACACUCCUCCAGGGACCCGACACCGGCCUCCACCGUCACACUCCUCCAGGGACCCGUCACCGUCACACUCCUCCAGGGACCCGUCACCGUCACACUCCUCCAGGGACCCGUCACCGUCACACUCCUCCAGGGACCCGUCACCGUCACACUCCUCCAGGGACCCGUCACCAGCCUCCACCGUCACACUCCUCCAGGGACCCGUCACCGUCACACUCCUCCAGGGACCCGUCACCGUCACACUCCUCCAGGGACCCGUCACCGUCACACUCCUCCAGGGACCCGUCACCGUCACACUCCUCCAGGGACCCGUCACCGUCACACUCCAGGACCCGUCACCAGCCUCCACCGUCACACUCCUCCAGGGACCCGUCACCGGCCUCCACCGUCACACUCUUCCAGGGACCCGUCACCGUCACACUCCUCCAGGGACCCGUCACCGUCAUACUCCUCCAGGGACCCGUCACCGUCACACUCCUCCAGGGACCCGUCACCAGCCUCCACCGUCACACUCCUCCAGGGACCCGUCACCGUCAUACUCCUCCAGGGACCCGUCACCGUCACACUCCUCCAGGGACCCGUCACCGUCACACUCCAGGGACCCGUCACCAGCCUCCACCGUCACACUCCUCCAGGGACCCGUCACCGUCACACUCCUCCAGGGACCCGUCACCGUCACACUCCUCCAGGGACCCGUCACCGUCACACUCCUCCAGGGACCCGUCACCGUCACACUCCUCCAGGGACCCGUCACCGUCACACUCCUCCAGGGACCCGUCACCGUCACACUCCUCCAGGGACCCGUCACCGUCACACUCCUCCAGGGACCCGUCACCGUCACACUCCUCCAGGGACCCGUCACCGUCACACUCCUCCAGGGACCCGUCACCGUCACACUCCUCCAGGGACCCGUCACCGUCACACUCCUCCAGGGACCCGUCACACUCCUCCAGGGACCCGUCACACUCCUCCAGGGACCCGUCACACUCCUCCAGGGACCCGUCACACUCCUCCAGGGACCCGUCACCGUCACACUCCUCCAGGGACCCGUCACCGUCACACUCCUCCAGGGACCCGUCACCGGCCUCCACCGUCACACUCCUUCAGGGACCCGACACCGGCCUCCACCGUCACACUCCUCCAGGGACCCGUCACCGUCACACUCCUCCAGGGACCCGUCACCGGCCUCCACCGUCACACUCCUCCAGGGACCCGUCACCGUCACACUCCUCCAGGGACCCGUCACCGGCCUCCACCGUCACACUCCUCCAGGGACCCGUCACCGUCACACUCCUCCAGGGACCCGUCACCGUCACACUCCUCCAGGGACCCUCCACCGUCACACUCCUCCAGGGACCCUCCACCGUCACACUCCUCCAGGGACCCGUCACCGGCCUCCACCGUCACACUCAUCCAGGGACCCGACACCGUCACACUCCUCCAGGGACCCUCCACCGUCACACUCCUCCAGGGACCCGUCACCGUCACACUCCUCCAGGGACCCGUCACCGUCACACUCCUCCAGGGACCCUCCACCGUCACACUCCUCCAGGGACCCGUCACCGUCACACUCCUCCAGGGACCCGUCACCGUCACACUCCUCCAGGGACCCGUCACCGUCACACUCCUCCAGGGACCCGUCACCGUCACACUCCUCCAGGGACCCGUCACCGUCACACUCCUCCAGGGACCCGUCACCGUCACACUCCAGGGACCCGUCACCGUCACACUCCUCCAGGGACCCGUCACCGUCACACUCCUCCAGGGACCCGUCACCGUCACACUCCUCCAGGGACCCGUCACCGUCACACUCCUCCAGGGACCCGUCACCGUCACACUCCUCCAGGGACCCGUCACCGUCGCACUCCUCCAGGGACCCGUCACCGUCACACUCCUCCAGGGACCCGUCACCGUCACACUCCUCCAGGGACCCGUCACCGUCACACUCCUCCAGGGUCCCGUCACCAGCCUCCACCGUCACACUCCUCCAGGGACCCGACACCGGCUUCCACCGUCACGCUCCUCCAGGGACCCGUCACCGUCACACUCCUCCAGGGACCCGUCACCGGCCUCCACCGUCACACUCCUCCAGGGACCCGACACCAGCUUCCACCGUCACAAUCCUCCAGGGACCCGUCACCGUCACAAUCCUCCAGGGACCCGUCACCGUCACACUCCUCCAGGGUCCCGUCACCAGCCUCCACCGUCACACUCCUCCAGGGACCCGACACCGUCACACUCCUCCAGGGACCCGUCACCGUCACACUCCUCCAGGGACCCGACACACUCCUCCAGGGACCCGACACACUCCUCCAGGGACCCGACACACUCCAGGGGGCCGACCUCCGGAGCACGUGAGUGACUGUGUGAUGAUGGUGGAGAUUGUAAACAUUGCUGCCAGUGGAACUCUUUAUUCAAUUGUUCCUAAAAUUUCCACUUGGAAGUCCACCCCGAAUGGGGUUAAUAGCAUGGUGAACUUGGGUUGUGGUGAGGCGUACGGCAGCAGCAGCAGCAACAUGGCCCGCACGCCCCUCAAACAUUCCUUCUCCAUCAGCUCACUCCUGUCGGAGGCCGUCCUCAACGCCGUUCCUGCCCACGCAUCAGAGCAGCCCGUCAAGAACCACGACCUGUGCCGCUUCGGCUGGCGCCGUACGCCGCCGCUGGUCUCGGGAGGGGGCCGCUCGGGUCUCUCCCUGGGGUGUUGUCAAGUGGUCUGGCGUCAACCGCACUGCUACCAGCAAGCAAGAUGUUCUAAAGAUUUUGUCAAGAAUGAAUCGGAACGAGAGAAGGCUCCGGGAGUGUUCAUGUCUCCAACACUCACGCCGGAGACACACGUAAACAGGAUAACAUCGGCAGCAUACGAGACGUUGGCAAAAUAUAAGAACUUCGUUUAG